AUGGAGCUGCAAAUUCCUCCACCGGUGACCUCCGACUCACUCAUGUUCAAGGUGCACCGACGGGAGCCGGAGUUAGUAACUCCGGCGAAGGCAACACCGAGAGAGCUCAAACUUCUCUCCGACAUCGACGACCAGGAAGGACUAAGAUUCCACAUUCCCUCUAUCUUUUUCUACAGAAACAACCCCACCGCUUACUCUGAUCCGGUCGCAGUGAUCAGGAGAGCCCUCGCCGAGACGCUGGUUUACUACUACCCAUUGGCCGGUAGGCUCCGGGAAGGACCAAACCGGAAACUCGCCGUGGACUGUUCCGGCGAAGGCGUGUUGUUCAUCGAGGCAGAUGCUGACGUUACACUUGUUGAGUUUGAAAAAAAGGAUGUUCUUCGGCCUCCUUUCCCUUGUUUUGAAGAGCUUCUCUUCGACAUAGAAGGUUCUAGUGAAGUGCUCAACGCACCUAUGAUUCUCAUCCAGGUCACGCGACUGAAAUGCGGCGGUUUUAUCUUCGCCGUCCGUAUCAACCACGCAAUCUCCGACGCCGCCGGUCUCUCCCUCUUCCUGAAAACGAUUGGCGAGUUCGCACGUGGAUCUCACGUGCCUACCGUUGCUCCGGUGUGGGAACGUCAUCUUCUGAGCGCCAGGGUCCCGGCGAGUGUUACGCACGUGCACCGCGAGUACGACGAACAGGACACAGAAUCCGCCACCGUAGACGGAGGCGCUCUGGUCAGCCGGUCCUUCUUCUUCGGCGGCGCUGAGAUGUCCGUCAUACGGAGGCUCCUCCCGCAGAAUCUCGCCAACCGCAGCACCGAUUUGGAAACGCUGACCGCAUUCUUGUGGCGUUAUCGCACCGCCGCUCUAAGAACGGACCCGAACAAGGAGAUGCGGGUUAUAUUCAUCGUGAACGCGCGUUCCAAGUUCAGAAACCCACCGCUACCUCCAGGAUACUACGGAAACGCGUUUGCGUUUCCAGUCGCAAUCGCAACCGUUAGAGAACUGACCGAGAAGCCGUUAGAGUUUGCUCUGAGGCUGGUGAAAGAAGCGAAAUGGAGCGUGACGGAGGAAUACAUGAGAUCGCUUGCGGAUUUGAUGGUGACAAAGGGAAGACCAAGAUUCUCGAUAGACGGAGCCUACUUGAUAUCGGAUGUGAGAAAUUUCGCAGACAUCCAAUUCGGAGUUUGGGGCAAACCGGUUUAUGGAGGAAUCGGUACGGCCGGAGUUGUGGAUUUUCCGGGGUCUAGCUUCUACGUUUCGUUUGAGAAUAGUAAAGGUGAGAGAGGGAUCGUUGUACCUGUUUGCUUGCCGGAGAAGGCGAUGAAGAGGUUCGUGGAAGAGCUCGACGGCGUUUUUAACGGUCAACUAGAAUUAAAUGGAAGAAGCAAAAUCCCUGAUAAAUUGAUUAUGUCUUCUCUGUAAAAAAAAAAAAAGCUAGAAUAGAAUCUCUGUUUUACAAAGUAUCUUGGUGGUCAAUGUAAAACUUUGUACUUUGCCCUCCUUAUAGUAUAAAAAUCAGUUUGAAAUA